AUGUAAACAGAAUUUGAAGCAUAAACCCCAAACUCGAUUAGAAUGUCAGAUAUAUCAAUGUCUGAUAGCAAGAUUGAUGACUUUCGUUAAGUAGGAAGAAUAGAAAGUGACAACGAUUUUGCCUCUUAUUUUGCGUUGACAAGAAUUACCAAAAAAAUAUAGGACUCCUUCAUACAAAGUAAUGAUCCUAAAGCAUAAUCUAUAAAAGCAACUUACUCUUCCCUUAAAUUGAUAAGAAAGUUAUUUGUGACAAUCUAUGUAUUAAUGACCAUCUUUCAGAAGCCUAUUUGGUGCAAUCCAAGAUAAUAUUCCGUAUAUUAUCAAUUAUAAUUAGGUUGA